CAUGUGUAUACGAUAGAGAGUAUCAAAUUUACGAGGAAUUAUUCUUACAGGUUUUACAUGGUUAAAGAUAUUGUUACGUUACUCGAUCGUACAUGUACGGAAAGAAAACAGCGAUUUAUGUGUGAAAAACAAACUUCUACACAAAGAUAAGUUGGCCGACGUAUUUCAUGCGUGAUUUUAUACGGCUUGAUAUUUAUUAUUUCGAUUGAUACCUCUUCAAUAGAAAAAUACAGGCACAAUGCCCGAAAGCACGAUGGAUUCCGGGAAGAUCGUAAAAAUGGACGUGGAUUACAGCGGUAGUUGUGAUACAAAAAUUCCAGAAUGUAAAAAGCUGGCACAAGAAGGAAAGUUGCACGAUGCCUUGGAUCAGUUGUUGACCUUGGAAAAAUUAGCGCGAACGAGUGCGGAUGUGUCGUCUACGUCGCGAAUUCUUGUAGCUAUCGUUGAAAUUUGUUUAGAAGCAAAAAAUUGGGCAGCAUUAAAUGAACACGUAGUUUUACUAUCCAAAAGACGGUCUCAGUUGAAACAAGCUGUUACAAAGAUGGUCCAAGAAUGUUGUACUUAUGUGGAUAAGAUGCCUGAUAAGGAAACGAAAAUUAAAUUGAUAGAAACUCUACGCGCAGUUACAGAGGGAAAGAUAUACGUGGAAGUUGAAAGAGCUAGACUUACCCAUCGUUUGGCAAAAAUCAAGGAGGAGGAGGACGAUAUUUCGGGCGCUACAGCUGUUAUGUUAGAAUUACAAGUCGAAACAUACGGUAGUAUGUCACGUUUGGAGAAAGCGGCCCUUAUCUUGGAACAAAUGCGGCUAUGCUUGGCGAAGAAAGAUUUUAUGCGUACUCAAAUAAUCGCUAAGAAAAUUAAUGUUAAAUUUUUCAAUGACGAUAACGACCAAGAAACGCAAACCCUGAAACUGAAAUAUUACGAUUUGAUGAUGGAAUUAGCUCGCCACGAAGGUUGGCAUUUAGAAUUGUGUAGGCAUAAUCGAGCUGUGCUCGAAACUCCAGCUGUUAGAGAUGAUCCAAAGAAGAGGCACACUGCUCUCUCUCGGGCUGUUCUUUACCUGGUACUCGCGCCACAUGAGCCAGAACAAGCUGAUUUGACCCACAGACUGCUUACGGAUAAACUUCUAGAUGAGAUACCAACAUACAAGGAGUUGUUACGCCUUUUCGUGAACCCAGAGCUGAUUAAAUGGUCCGGCCUUUGUGAAAUUUACGAAAAAGAAUUAAGGGCAACCGAGGUCUUUACUGCUUCGACCGAAGAAGGUUGUAAACGAUGGGCCGAUCUUCGAAAUCGUGUCGUGGAACAUAAUAUCAGAAUUAUGGCUAAAUAUUACACGAAAAUCACUCUAACACGAAUGGCCGAGUUAUUGGACUUACCGGUUGAAGAAACGGAAGCGUGCCUCUGCAGUUUAGUGGAAACUGGUGUAAUAAAUGCUCGGACGGAUCGUCCAGCUGGUGUAGUUCGUUUCACGGGAACUCAGGAACCAGCUGCUCUUUUAGAUGCGUGGGCCGCUUCGUUAUCGAAAUUAAUGAGCCUUGUCAAUAAUACAACACAUCUCAUUCAUCAAGAAGAAAUGUUGGCUGUUGCUCAGUCCUGAGAAAGUACAUUUAAGUUCUCUGUUCUUUUCUUUUUGUAAUCAUUCUCUACCACCUCUUGUUCUUUGUAUAAUCUUUACGCAUUAGGAGCAGUACAUUUUGUACAUUAAUAAACUGUACGUGUUAUUUUUCGUUAGACGAAGAAGGACGUGUAAAAAUA